AUGAGUGGCGAUGAUCCCGAUCAACUGGACAAGCUGUGGGAACAACUUGCGUUACAACAACGAGACAUUUUUGACAAUCUGCUUUCCAAGAAUUUUUCACUGGAAGCGGAAAACAAGGAACUUCGGGUAGAGUCGGGCGUUCGGAAGAAUGCCUUGGAAGGCGCCAUGGAGAGAAAUAAGGAAUUAGAGGAGAAGAUUGAGGCACUUUCAGCAUCUUUGGAAAACAUGAAGAGGGAAUUGGCUUUGCAGCAGUUUCAACAGUUUCAGUUAACUGAUGUCCAGCAUGGAGACCCAAGUGCCCUCGUCCUCAUCGACGGAGAUGGGUACAUAUUUUCUCCUGGUUACUGGAGGCAAGGGAAGGAAGGCGGGCGACGAGCGGCCGUCGUCCUUCACGAUAUCUUGGCCACUGCAGCUGGCCUGCGGUCCCAAUUGUACGCCAUAAUUUAUUUCAACCGCAGGGGGCUCGGUAACGCCCUCUGCGCCAACAACAUUUGUUUGAAGGACCAGUUUGAGGACUUCAUUGUCGGAUUUAAUCAAUCCACGCCACUUUUUGCCAUGAUUGAUGCCGGUCAUGGCAAAGAGGCUGCGGACGCCAAGAUCAGGGGGACUCUGAGGUUUUUUUCUCGCCUCACCCAAAUCCAACUCAUCCUAUUCGGGGGUGGCCAUGAUAGGGGCUAUUUGACAGAGCUUUCCGCCUUACGGACUGAAGGAUUGCUUCACAAACUAGCGUUGCUAAAAGGGUCCAAGAGGCUGGCUCACGGAUUCGAGUCACUCGCAAUACCGAUUAUCCCUAUUGAAGGUCUUUUUCUUGAGACCAACUUAUCGCAAGUUCAUAAUGCAACACCAACGAAACGACAACCAUCCCACAGGGCAUCCCUGUCUCUCUCCUCUACUGGAACACCUACCUCUGACACCCUGUGUUCGUCCGACCCUAUUAGUAUUGUCGUGUCAGAACAUGGGAACCCUACAGACAGCACAAAGUUGGUUCUUGUGCUGCACAAUAUGAGCGUAUCUGACACUUGGUUACCAGAGCUGUAUGCUUCAAUUACUGAGUCACCUAAAGCAAUGCAAGUUCGUACAUGGAGACAUGCUCACGGAAACCGAACUGGCCCAGUUCAGGCAAGCUUCACCGUGCAAGCAAUUCCAACACCAUGGAUUUUGCGAAGACAUAUCCUGCCUUUAUGGACAUGCCUUGGACUUCGGGAGCUCAGACAUUGGUCACGACCGUCCUUCGGGAUAACUGUCACGGUCCAAGAUACUGGAAGUCAAGGCGGGCAGAGUUCGGUUGCGAGGACCGGUCCUACUACGCCUUCAAGUGAUUCGGAUCUGAGCUGCUUCGUCCCGUUGAUUGACGCGUUAGUACGGUUGAAGGAAUUGGGUCAGGAGAAGCCAAUCCGCUCAGUAGUUGUGGAGAAGAUAGGGACCAAGAGGAUAUUGGAGUUAUAUAAGAAGGCUGGGGUAAACUCGUUUAAAGCAUAUGCGGAGUUGGCGGCAGAUACCGGGCUGGUCGUCAACCUGUUCGACAGAAUUGCCUUGGUUGGAAACUAA